AUGAAACUCGAUGACAUCACUGCCUAUCGUCUGCCAGAAACAUUACAUGCAAGCAAAAUGCAGUGCUGGACUAGUGGCCAAUCAACGCACUCAGACACAACGCUCAGCCUCGCGCUGCAUAAAGAAGAUAAAGGGCAAGCUCUCCGUGGCCCGAUAGCGUGGAGACACGUCGGCCAUUCUGCUGGCAUACCCCCAGUUGAUAUGCAGUGUGUCCGCAAAUGGGCAAAUUAUUUUCAGCAAAUGUUCCGGCUGGUGUCCAGUAAGGGCCCUAACUGCAAGAUGCAUUUGUUUGAGGCACACCAAUCCACACCGCUCCUGAUCAGCUGCCUGCGUGAACUCCCUGCCAGUUUUUUGUUUGUUUCAUGUUUUCUCCAUGCCAAUGCAAUCACGCCCAAAUACCCUAAUCAGACAAUGAACUGCUGA